GCCCCGUCAAUCAGCUGUUGGCAGGGAGAUGCAGAGCAAUCCGAAAACCCGCCUACAAAUAUUGUUAUUUUGAUUAGAUUCCGGAUUACAGAAUGGAGCCACCGUACGCCCCGCUAAGUGAAUCCUGCGCCAAGGCGCUGGGCGACAAGGUGUACGAAAAACGGAAGCUGGCCUCCCAGGAAAUCGAGAAAAUGGUCACGGAAUUCAACAACAAGAACAACUCGGCGCAGAUCCGUAAGCAUGAGGUCCUAGCCACGGACUAUGCGACAUCACGGGAUGCAAACCGCCGGAAAGGGGCGCUUAUCGGACUCGCUGCCACGGGAUUAGGGCUGGGCAAGGAUUCGGACAAGUACGUCCAGGGCCUGGUGACGCCCAUUAUGACCUGUCUUUCGGAUCCUGACCUGCGGGUGCGCUACUUCGCCUGCGAGUCACUGUACAACGUGGUCAAAGUGGCCCGAUCCGCCAUCAUUCCCUUCUUUCCAGAGCUUUGCGCACUAUCCCGACUCGUCACCGAUUCCGAUCAAAUGGUUAAGGACGGUAGUGAGUUAUUGGAUCGCCUACUAAAGGACAUUGUCACGGAAUCCUCGCAGACCUUCAAUCUGCAGGCCUUCAUUCCUUUGCUGCGGGAGCACAUCUAUGUGAAGGAUGCCUUUGCCCGUCAGUAUGUGAUCUCAUGGAUUUCGAUCCUGAACGCCGUGCCGGACAUUAACAUGGUCAACUAUUUGACCGAAAUUCUGGAUGGUCUCUUUGUCAUGCUCGAGGACAACACGCCCGAGAUCCAGCGCAUGUGUGAGACCACGAUCAGUCAGUUCCUAAAGUCCAUAAGGAACGACUCUUCGUCCGUGCGGAUGGAGGACACCAUUAAUACGCUGAUAACCCAUGCGCAAUCGCCCAAUGAGCUAAUCAAAUCGAUUGCCAUCACCUGGAUCCGGGAGUUUGUCCAGAUAUUUGGCCCCAAUGUGCUGCCCUAUGCUAGUGGGAUAUUUACGGCCAUAUUGCCGUGUUUGGAGUACAAUGUGGAGUCCAAAAGGAGCAUUAAAGAGUGCGCCGUAUCCGUUAACAACUCGAUGAUGUUGCUGGUGUCCACCAAGGAACUGAAAACACAGACGGUGGCCAAAAUUGAUCUGCGUUCAAUUAUGGACGUUCUCUCUCAGUAUCUUACGCACAACUCCAUGCACACGAAGAUCGCGGUACUCAAGUGGAUCCACCAUCUUUUCACCAAUUUUCCAAACGAGAUGUCCGUGCAUGCAAGUAACUUAAAUAAUAACCUGCUUUCAACUCUGGCCGACAACUCGGAUGAGGUAGUUCUCCAAAGUCUAUCUGUUUUGGCGGAAAUCGUUAAUUCUCAGGACAACAGGGAGCUUAACGACUUCAACAAAUCACACUAUCGUAAGUUCUUACUUAGCUUAUUGAACCUCUUCAACGAGGAGAAACUCAUCUUAGAGAACAGAGCCAGCCUCAUUAUAAGAAAACUGUGUGUGUUGCUGAAUGCCGAAUAUAUUUAUCGUACUUUUGCGGAAAUAAUAGCUGAGGAGGUGCCCAACUUGAAGUUUGCAUCGACGGUUGUGCGCCUGCUAAACAUCAUUCUGCUCACCUCAACGGAACUUUUCGAGUUGCGUACCAGCCUGCGAAAUAUUUCCAACGAGAAAUCUGCAGAUCUCUUUCAAUGCCUCUACAAGAGUUGGGCCCACUGUCCAGUAUCCACGCUGUCCUUGUGCCUUCUGGCCCAGAGCUAUCAGCAUGUGUCCCAUUUGGUCACAUUAUUUGCCGAUGUUGAUACCUUGGAGUUGCUUACCGAAUUGGACAAACUGGUUCAGUUGAUAGAGUCCCCAAUAUUCGCUCCUUUACGCCUCACACUCGUUUCCAAGGCGAAUAAUUGCGCGGAUGCUCAGUACUUGGCACACGCUUUGUUUGGAAUCCUGAUGUUGCUGCCACAGACAGAAGCGUUUGAUACCCUUCGCAAUCGCCUGCAAUGCGUACCCAACUAUUGGGGCCACGAUCCCAUAGAUGAGCGCAAUUCGCUGGAGUACAAAAGUGGCAUAGAUUUCGAUGCCUUGGAACAGCAUUUUAUCAAACUACAGAAGGCACACCGCGAGCAGCGUAUUGUACACCGAAAACGGAGCGUAAUUACUCCUGAAAGUAAUUAGUCCUCUUAAGCAUACCGUAUUUAUAUAGCCUGUGAUUCAGUGUGCAGUCUUUUUUUCGCCACAUGCGUUUUUAAUAAAUGUGAAUCCAACACACCUCA